AUGAAUCCUCCCAUCAGUUCCUCAAUCUCGUCGCCUUCAUCUUCCUCUUCUCCCGCCACCUCCUGGUUAUCCGGAAUCGUUCGAGUCCGCCGUACGCCGCCCAUUUUGAAUAUGUCAGGUAACUCCGCAGUUGCCGUCUCCGCUUCUGCAGAUGUUACCGGUCCCGUCGUCCACAAAAAUCAACUCCGAGGAGCUCUUUUCAAAUACGGUCCAAAUCCUAUUCAGGUUGCCUUCAAAAGUGGCGAAUUCAAACGACAAGUUAUUUUUAUUGGUGGAUUAACAGAUGGGUUUCUUGCUACCGCAUAUUUAGAACCUCUGGCAAUUGCGCUGGACCGCGAGAAUUGGUCACUAGUUCAAUUUCUUAUGUCAUCUUCUUAUAGUGGAUAUGGCACUUCCAGCUUGCAACAAGAUGCUAAGGAUCUGGAUCAGCUUAUUAAUUAUUUAAUUAACAAAGAAGAUUCCGAAGGUGUGGCAUUACUUGGGCAUAGUACUGGCUGUCAGGACAUUGUGAACUACAUGCGCACAAAUUUUGCUUGCUCCCGAGCUGUUCGUGCUGCAAUCUUGCAGGCUCCAGUUAGUGAUAGGGAAUAUCAGUCCACACUCCCUCAGACAGCUGCUAUGAUUGACUUGGCUGCCAAAAUGAUAAGUGAAGGCAGAGGUUCAGAGAUAAUGCCAAGGGAAGCAGAUCCUACUGCCCCAAUUACUGCAUAUAGGUAUCACUCCCUUUGUGCAUAUAAUGGCGAUGAUGACUUGUUCAGCUCUGACUUGAGUGACGAUCAAUUGAAAAUUAGACUUGGGCACAUGUCUAGCACACAUUGCCAGGUCAUAUUUUCAAUGGCUGAUGAGUAUGUGCCAGAUUAUGUUGAUAAGAAAGCACUAGUUGAGCGAUUAUGCAGAGCAAUGGGAGGUGCGGAGAAAGUAGAGAUUGAAUAUGGAAACCACUCCCUUUCCAACAGAGUUGAAGAAGCUGUCGAUGCUAUUAUUGACUUUUUGAAAAGAGAGGGACCUAAGGGCUGGGAUGACCCGUGGAAUUAA